CCCGGAUGAAGAAAUAGAAUAAAACACGCGACUGGCGAAUGUUGUCACACAACUAUCUAGGCCUAUAUCCCCGACAUUUACAUAUUUAGGCCACCCUUUAAACUUUAUGAUAUGAUAAAUGACAUCAGGGGAAUAAUGAAGUGAUCGAAAAUAACAAAACAUCGAUAAAAAUCGAAAAGAAGAAUAUUCUGGCCACCCAAUAUUGCCUGAUAGGCUACGAUUUCAGGAUAAGGAAGCUGAGACGGGUCUCUGAUUGAGGGGAACAGACGAUAUUCGAGAGGAUGGAGCAGAGCUAGUGGUUUCAUUUAUUGUGCAGUCUGCCAAGAUGUCCGAUCACCACAUAAAAGACCUACGUCCUGGUAUUAAGAAUGUAAACCUCAUGUUUAUAGUGCUGGAAAUAGGAAAGCCAACAAGAACAAAGGAUGGCCAUGAUGUGCGUUCAUGUAAAGUUGCAGACAAAACUGGAAGCAUCAACAUCUCUGUAUGGGAUGAAACUGGCGACCUUCUACAGACAGGUGACAUAUGUCGCCUAACCAAAGGGUAUGCCAAUAUUUGGAAAGGCUGUUUGACACUAUAUACUGGAAAAAAUGGAGAAAUUAUCAAAAUUGGAGAAUUUUGUAUGCAGUUCUCAGAGGCUCCCAAUAUGAGCGAACCUGUACCAGAUGCUGUACAAAAGGAAGGACAGCCGCCGGGUCAGAGAAAGUCACCUACUGAAGGUGGGGACAAAGGACUUCUCCCUAAUCCCGGGGGACCACCAACCAAUCAAACGCCACCAAGUGGCAGGGGAAAUCCUAAUUAUCAAAAUCAAAGACCACCACGGCCUUUCAUACAAGGUCAAGGUCAAGGUAGAGGCAUGCCUCAAGGUCACGGUGGAAACAUGGCCCCUAUGAAUGGGCGAGGAGGGCGGGGCAUGAGAAGAUGAUUGACAUCUUGAUACUAGUUCUCAUUGUAUAAUAACACUUCGAUAAAUUCUCCUUGAAAAAGUAUCAAAUAAGAUUGCCAAACAAAAAUUUAUGAAAUGUAAUUUAUACAGUGUAAAGUUUUUGUUGUACUGAAUCUCUAUGUAAUUAGAAGCAAGGUUAUUUGCUUUAGAUUGGAAACAACUGCAUCUAAUAUUAUUGAUAUUUUCAUCAAGCAUAUAUAAUGUUUGUUUUUGGCAAAUAUACCGGGGAUUUUUGUUUCAGUUUGAGUACAUACAUUACAUUAAUGCUACAAAAUAUAUACAGAGACUGUCUUGUUGAAAAGGCCACCUGUGUAUAACAAAAACCUGUCUAAAUAGACCAUCUGUUUUGGUUCCCAAUUUCUCAUGAAUAUUUAAAUGAAGCCAACCUGUCUAAAAAAACACUUUUCUGGGAUUCUUUGAGUGGCUUUUAUAGACAAGUCUGACUGUAUACCAUGUCAUGUAUUUGCUCACUGCUGUGCUAAAAAAAUCUUCACAUAUAUACUGUAUUUUUCAGUAAGUAAGUCUUGUCCACAAAUACCGCAAACAAUUAAGCCCUUUCUUAAUUGAUAGAAUUUCGUUUUCAGAACAGUCCAGAAUUUGGUUCACAAACAAAUUGUCCCAUAACUUUAUGGCUAAAAUUUGCAUUCAGGAAUGAGGCUCAUUUGGGAAUAAAAGGGUGAAAGUUGAAGUGAGCAAAUAUUUUCAUGUAAAAUAACUUGACAUACAAUGUUGAUACUUAGUAGAUAUGUGAUUGUGUUCACACUCUGUUUUCUAGAGUGUGAUAUGUAUGAUGCAGUAAAGGUGGGGCUUUAAGAAAUUUAUAAUGUGCUUUGAAUUUAAAUGAAAUUGUUCACCCAAAUAAUAAUUAAUUGUCACUAUGGGCAUCCAUUUCUCUUCCCCAGCAUUCCACUUCUCUUUGAGAAGCUUGAAAAACAGGCUGGUCUGUGCAGUCGUGGUUGUGUCCUUAGGCAAGGCAUUUUACCCUAAUUGCUCUGGAUGGCAUGCAAUGGACCUCCCCUAUUUUAUUUACUAAAGUAGUCACCAACUACUACAAGUUGACUCUGCUUCAAAAUGACCUUGGCUAUUGAUGGGGCGAUAAACCCAGCAAACAAACAAACAUGCCUAUAUAUAGCUACCACUAAUGAUUUAAAUACACACUUGUACACCUCUAAUGGCCAUUUAGUACAUUCACAUUAAAAGCAAACAUUGCCUUUGUGAAAGUCAUGUGCAAUAUUAAUUAUGUAUGAACAAAACUUAUGAAAUGAUACAUGAAAUAUUCAUGCAUGUAUAAACAAAGAUCUCAAACAAAUAUUUGACCCCAUCCAUUUGAAAUUUACCCCUUUGGUCUUAAUUUUAUAACAUCAUUUCACUAUUUGUCCAAUUCACUCCAGUCACUCUGCCUAGAGCCUUAAUUUUGCACUGUCCAUUUUACUUUCACCCCAAAUUUGGUAAAGCCGACGCUAAAUAUAUGUAUUUCAGUAAAUAUUUUUUCAGAUCAGUCAAACCUGGAGGAUUUAAAUUAGACAAAAACAUUAUGCGAAAAUGGAUAAAACUGCCUGUACCUUCAUUUAUAUUUGAAUAUUUUGGCUGACGGCCGACCUAAACUUUUUGUACUUCAAAUUUCAUGAAAACAUAAUGAAAUGAAAGGUGUGAUUAUAGUGUUUGUGGAAUAUGUUACUGAUUCCGAUUUCAAUUGUAAGGUCAUUUAACACAGGGAUGAAGUUUAACAAUUUUUGUCAUGGAUAAAUCCUUUUGUUUUGUAUUAUGAAUGUAAACAGAAAUCAUAUACACUGAUAUCUGUAUUUUUGUCCUGUUUGGAUACAAAUUAAUUGUCAAUGUUAUGAGCCUCAUAUUGAAGGAGGAACUCGAGGAUGUUCUUUUUAAGUUUUUCUAUUCUCUGACUAUAUAGGGCUGUGUAUGUAUACUCAAGGGCUGGUCUCAUUUGGUUAGUUUAUAUCGAUGAUGAAGCCCUAUAAAGCAAGCAAGACAAGCGGCUUUUGCAAAAUGGACAAAAUCGGCUAGGGUUAGGGUAAAAGAGUCUGUCAUUGCCGUUUGCCAUUCAUGAUUGUGGCUUUAUAUUGAUUGAGCAUCCGCAUUAUUCACAUGAUCUCGCUCCAUCAGACUUUCAUCUAUUUCCAAAACUGAAAACAGCUAUUUCAGGCACACUAACCCCAACAUACAGUGGACGACUUUCUGAACAGCCAAGAAAAGGAGUUCUAUAAAAGUGACAUUGAGGCCCUUAAACACCGCUGGCAAAAGUGUAUAGAUACUGAAAUGGAUUAUGUUGAAAAAAUAAUACAAUAUGUCGUUCGAAAUUCAAAUCCUUCAAUAUUAGGCUCACAACAUAUCAAUCAUCCCUCGUAUGAUAGCUGUGUUUCUAAACAGAAUCAGGGUCGUCUCAUAUAUGACGAUAUAAGGAUUUACCAGUAGUUUUUCCAGCUUUUAUGUGUCCAGGACUUCAUCAAUUCACACUAUAUUUUCUUAUUUGGUGUUAUGACCCACAUCAAUUCACGCUACCUUUUCUAAUUUGGUGUUAUGACCCACAUCAAUUCACGCUCUCUUUUCUUAUUUGGUGUUAUGACCCACAUCAAUUCACGCUACCUUUUCUAAUUUGGUGUUAUGACCCACAUCAAUUCACGCUCUCUUUUCUUAUUUGGUGUUAUGACCCACAUCAAUUCACGCUCUAUUUUCUUAUUUGGUGUUAUGACCCACCACCACCACCACCAUUUCCUGUCUCCCUAAUAUUUUUUAUAAAUGUGGCCUUUGCAUCGGUAAAUAUCUGGAAUGUAAUUGAAAUUGUUUACAGUACUCUGACAAAUAAGUGCACCUCCAAAUUUUUUAAGAAAAGAGGAUGGAUCCACUAAUUGAAACACAUGAAAACAUCCUUACCUUCCUUUGAAGUUUUUUAUUUUCCAUCCAGAUUUCCUGUGGAAACUUUUUUUCUGUACAUAGUUCAUUAAGCACACCGUUUUGGUGUUUUUGUUAGUACACAGUGCACUUAUUAGGUAAAAUACGGCAAUCAUCAUUAUCAUUGUGAAUUAUUCGUUACUAUGGAAAUAAAGAUUGAAUACACAAUUUGUA